CCCGCCUCACGCGCAUGGCUGAAAAGUACAAAUAGAGAUGCCGAGUGUAGAGAGUUGUGAGGAAAGUUGUGAAUGUGAGUUUCUUCUUUUGUUAUACGAGAAAAGCACGUACGGGUUUUUUUAUUAUUCAUGACAUAAAUGGCGGAGGAACUAUUAGUGGAGAAAACUGCGAAGCUCAGCACGCAUCUUACAAAGUCACUGCUGGCAGUGGCUUUUCUGUCCUCAUUUGGCAGCUCAAUGCUCUAUGGCUACAACUUGGCAGUGGUCAACUCCCCAGCAGAGUACAUCAAAGAUUUCUACAAUGAGACACUGGUGGAAAUUUACGACUGGUCUCCGGAUGAGGAGGUCCUCACUGUCUUGUACUCCCUCACCGUGUCCAUCUUUGCUAUUGGAGGGAUGUGCGGGGCCCUGCUGGUGGGCAGACUUGUAACCAAAUAUGGAAGGAAAGGGACACUGGUGAGAGCCUCUGUAUUGGUGUUCAUUGGAGCAUCUCUCAUGGGCUUCAGCAGAGGCUGCAGGAUGCCCGCCAUGGUCAUUUUUGGACGCUUUGUUACAGGAGUACACUCAGGUAUUUCUCUAAGUGUGGUGCCAAUGUACCUCGGUGAGAUUGCCCCAAAGAACCUUCGAGGUUUUCUUGGCCUUGUUCCCAGCAUUCACAUUUGUCUUGGAGUCUUCACCGCUCAGGUCCUGGGACUCCAUGAGCUUCUUGGAAAGGAAGACCACUGGCCCCUCCUCCUGUCACUGAUAGUGUUUCCCACUUUGGUCCAGCUGAUGCUGUUGCCAUGGUUUCCAGAGAGCCCCCGGUACCUGUUGAUAGAGAAGGGAAAUGUUCAUGCUACCAUUGCAGCUCUAAAGUGGUUCCGUACUAAAGGUAACAUCCAGGCAGAGGUUGAGGAGAUGCAGGAAGAACAGCGCUCUCUGUGCUCAAUCCAAACAAUCUCUGUACGCAGCCUGCUCACAGACCGCUGUGUUCGCUGGCAGGUCAUCACCAUUUGCGUGGUCAACAUUGGCAUGCAGCUGUCUGGCAUUGAUGCAAUCUGGUUCUACACCAAUGAGAUAUUUAAGAAUGCAGGAAUCCCCGACCCUUACAUUCAGUACACAACAGUGGGAACUGGUGCCAUUGAGGUCAUCUCUGGGAUGCUUGGGUGCUUUACUAUCGAGCGUCUGGGCAGAAGACCUCUGAUGAUUGGUGGAUUCGUCUUCAUGGGACUCUGCUGCUCAGGGAUCACAGUGUCUAUCCUUUAUCAGACACAGCUGUCCUUCAUGCGCUACAUAAGUGUUGCCUGCGUCGUUGGGAUAAUUGCUGGAUUCUGCAUAGGUCCAGCUGGAGUGCCUUUCCUGAUCACUGCAGAGCUCUUUAAGCAGUCACAUCGGCCAGCUGCCUACACUGUGGCUGGCUGCCUCAACUGGCUGUCCAAUUUUACAAUCGGCUUCGUCUUUCCCUUCCUAGAGAUUGCUACAGGUCCUUACUGUUACCUGAUCUUCUGUGCGAUCUGCUUGAGUGUGGCCCUCUACACCAUCUUCAUUAUCCCUGAGACCAAGAACAAAACCUUUAUGGAAAUCAGCCAGAUGUUUGCAUCAAAGAACGACAUCCUGAAGCAAGAGUUCACUUCCAGUGGUCUUCUCAAACUGGCUAUGAUGAACGGCUAUGGAACCCUUGAAGAUAAAAGAAUUGAAGUCAUAAGAUAAACACUAGUCUGUAGAGGUGACAGUUGUAGAACUUUUGUUGCCACAGAGAGAUCUCUGGAGAAACUAUGAAUAUCAAUUCAUCUAUGCGUCUAUUCUGGUGACAGUGAUCACUCUCUGCACACAGAAUAGUCCUGAGUUUUACAGUUGAUCCGCAGUGGAAGUGUAGCAACAUCUGAGACAGAAGUCAUGCAUGAGGCACGCAGUCAUGCAUUUCAAAUUGACUAUCACUGACAUUUUAAUCAAUUUCUCUGCAUCUUAAAGCAAUUUUAUGGGAGCUAAGUUGGUUUCUCACAGUCGUCUGAGAAGGUUUUAAUUUCAACAUUAGCUUCACUUUGUUUAAACAAAUCCCAUGAUCACUUUGUGGUUCACAGUCAGUCUUUUUUUAAUUCAGAGUAAAAAUGUUUAUGGAGUGACACAGAAAUAACACUUCAUUUGUGCUGAUGUGUCACUUGUAUACUAUAUUAUUUACUGUUUCUUCAUGUUUACAGUUUUAGACACAAGCUUAACUUCCUGAAAAAACACAAGCUUGUGUCUUUUUUUUGUCUCUCAGAUUAUUUUGUCUCUUUUUACACAAGAGAGCUGGGUAUCAACGGCUACUGUAGUAGUCAUUUCAAAUGUCUUGUCCAAUUAUAUGCACAUGUAUGUAAAGCAAUGUAGCUAAGGAGUUUUUAUUUAUCAGUAUUUCACAUAUAGAUGCUGUAUAACUUUACCUGGUGGUUCUUCAGCUGCUGGUUGUUCAAAAGACCUCUUUGUAAAAUAUAUAUCAUGAAGUCAUUAAUAAUGAGAGAUAUGAAGUCAAGACUUUCUCUAAUAUACACAUUUGAACAUGAAAA